AAAAUUGUCUCCAUAAUAAAAGGACGCUAAAGGAUAAAAGGACAUCUCAACCUUUUCAGCGAGUCAGUCUAAUUCUGGACGCGAUUGAAUCCUUUUCAGAACACUGUGAAGAAGAAUUAUUCAAAAAUCUUUUUCUGAAAUUGCUAAAAGUGUGUGAAAUUGCUUCUCCCUCAUAAAAAAUAUCAUCGAGAUGGCCUUAGCAAGUGAGGCGAAUCUUCUCUAUUUGGAGUUGGAGAAAUACCGGCAAAUCUUGAUUACGUCGCGGACCGCCUCCUGCAGCUUUUCUGACCAGAUGAAUCGUCUCGCUCAUGCCGUAAACUGUUUGUAUUGGGAGGCGAGGAACCUGGACGAGGCGAUUCGCCAGGUCGGAUCGCGCUGCGUCGUGUAUAAUCAGAGCGCCUGGAGCGUGAGUCACCGAACGAACCAGCUCCGCUACCAGAUCCGCUUCGCCAAGAAGCAGUUGGGUAUUUGGGUGAAUCUGGAAAAAAAUCCGCCCAAGUCUACAAUUUUCUCCUCCCCGUCCCACAGCGAGUCAUCUGGAGGUCAUGGCCAAUCUGUAUAUUGGUGGAGUCCUCAGCGAAAGCAGGCGUCGCAGGAGAAAGUGGCUUACAAAUAAUUUGUAUUUAACUUUGCACUCGUAAAAACGAGCUAAUAUUUUGAAUAAUUAUAGAUAAAAAUUAGGAUUUCCAGUCUCAUAUGAAUUUCAUGUUUCAUAUUGCUUACUUAUAUAAUUUUCUUUUCAUAUUUCUGAUAAAGUGUCAAAUUAAAUAAAUCAAUUUCAAGUAAAUAAAUCGA